AAAUAAUAUGACUUACCCCAUAGCAGCCUUUACUUUUAAAAUUUAUAUAAAUGUGUGUACAACUUUUAAUUUUAAAAUUUAUAUAAAUGUACGUACAUUACAUUUGCCUUCAAAAAAUCUCCCAAGACUAACAUUUUAUAUUUUUUUUAAGCCUAUCCUACUUGCAAUUUGUUUUUUGCACUUGAUUUUAUGAUUUAAGGGGGUCAUUGCAUGUAACAGCAUGUUAUUUUAGGGUUUUUUUAGGAUUUUUUUUUAAGACCAGUAAAUAGAUAAGGCUUUAAGUUUCUGAUCACUUAUUAGCGUAUAUUUCAACAGUAUAAAUAUAAAUUUUAAGUUAAAAAUAUUGUGAAGAACUUGAGUUACAGCGUUUUGAAAAGAUCGUCCUAAAAAAAAAGACGAAAGAACUUUCUCCAGGAUCCCAGUUGAUAAUCCUUUAAACCACAAAUUCUACACUACUUAUAGAUGAUAUAAAUAUUUUAUAAUUUUUUAACAUUCACAUGGACUGACCCCCUUAAACUAAAAACUAUGUAUGUGUUGCGUUUAAGGAGCUUGAGGCAGUCUUGUGUUGAGACCCCUAGAGAUGGUUUAUUUUUUCAUAUUUGAUACCAUUCACAAGCUGCCUUUUCCCUAACCGUAACACACAUAUAUUUUUCUACACUUAAGCAUACGCAUAUAUGUACUUACAACUGGCAAAAGGUAGAAUAAAUUCCUGUUGAAAGCUUCAAAUUGAUAUUCUUUCAUAUGAUAAACGCGUUAUGCUCAAGCUGAGAUCCUUGGUGCCAGCACGAUGUGUGGCUUGGAACCGUUGCCUGACCAGCCUUUCCGGCGAAACAAAGAAAGCUGUGGACAAGGAGAACUUCUUGCCUAAGGUGGAGGAGGAGGAGAAGGAUAUGCCAAGGUUGCACAAAAACGAAAAGGUACUGAUCAGCCACAUAAUUCAGGAUAUCCAACGCAAGCCGCUGGAGGUGCCCACCAUCAUUGGCGACGAACCGGAGUACACCAUGGAUAACCAACGAGUGUCCAGUCCCCACCAACUGACGACGGUCCUGGCGCAGGUUUAUUUCGCAAAUCGCAAGCAAAUCGAAAGUGCCAUUAACUCCGCUCUGGCAGCGCAGAGCACUUGGAGCCUGGUGCCCACCCCUCAGCGCCUGGCCAUUUGGCGAAGGGCGGCAGACCUUAUAGAAGAGGACCAGUCACGGUUGGUCGUCUUCCUUGUGCUGAGUCUCAGCAAGACAUUGGACGAUGCCAGGCGAGACAUUAGGCGGCUUCUCAGCUCACUGAGGGCCAAUGCCGAUUACCUGGAGCACCUGUCUGACCUGCGAUUCGAGAUCCAGGGGAAUAGGAGCGUCUUUCCCAGUUUCCACCUUCGGCCCUUGGACGGUUUCGUGGCAGCCCUGGCUCCCUUCGAAUCGGUUGCGCUCUCCGCCAGCUUGGCCCUCUGCCCGGCUCUAAUGGGCAACUCUGUGCUGUGGAAUCCCUCGUUGGAGGUGGCCCCGGUCAGCUUCCUUAUCCUUCGGGCUUUCCAGGAGGCAGGCCUGCCCGCUGGAGUCAUCAACUUUGUGCCGUCCAACAAGCGGCUCUUCCUGGACACCAUCACGGAUGCCGUGCACUUUGCCGGACUGAAUUGCCAGUGCAGUGCGUCGGAAUUCCGGCAUGUCCACAAGAUGGUGGGCGACAAGAUGGAACGGUACAUCUGCUUCCCUCGCCUGGUGGCCGAGUGUCCCGGUCAGAACUUUCAUUUUGUUCAUGCGAGCGCCAAGAUUGAGACCGUAGUCACGGCCUCGGUGCAGGCGGCCUUUGGAUACGCCGGCCAGUAUGCCAACUCGCUGUCCCGCAUGUACGUGCCCUCAUCCCUGUGGCCGCGACUCCGUGACAAGUUGGUGGAGGCCACCAACAGUCUGCAUAUCGGGAAUCCCGUCAAACCAAUAACGGAUAUGGGGGCGGUGGUUAAUGUGGAGAGUUUCCGGCAGAUGCAGCAACUGAUGGAGCGCACAGAGAACAUGGAGCGGCUAUGCGGAGGCAUCUGCGAUGACAGCAUAGGAAGGUUCGUCCAGCCGAUGAUAGUCAGAGUGGACGAUCCACUGGACCCGCUGCUAAGCGAACCCUUUGUCGGACCCUUUUUGCCGAUCUUCGUCUACCCGGACGACUCAUUCGCAGAUGCCCUCAAGCUGACCGCCAACCAGUCCAGAUAUGCUCUCUCCGGAUCCAUAUUCGCCAAGCGGGACGAGGUGAUCCUUCACUGCCUCAACCAGCUGCGCAUGUCGGCCAGCAAUCUCUAUGUGAACGAACGCUGCACUGGCAGCCACCUGGGAUUGACGCCCUUCGGCGGCAACCGAUUGUCCGGGACGAAUGACAAGUCCGGUUCCGCGUACUUCCUGAUGCGCUGGAGCUCCCCGCUGCUGAUCGAGGAGACGGUGGCGGAUCCCGUCCGGAAUAACAGAUAAUAGUAAAUCAACUUUGCUAAGCGGGAAGUGGCUAACGCUUUUGUAACACAUUCUCCAUUUUAGUGCACCAGCUUAACUAUUUGUUUUUAAAUUCAAGGUGUGACCGAUUUUUAGAUUGAAAAUUACGUUGGCUAGAAUAUUUUAUUAUAAUUAGAAAUUUAAUUAGACAAAUAAAAUUUAAUCUUUUUUAAG